ACGUAAAUGCAUCCAUUCCUUUCAGUUUUAUUCCUCUACACAAAAUUCAUGAUCCUUUGUGAACCUGUUUAAUGUCAUUUGUGUAAGAAUUAGUGUGGCUGACUUGUUACCUACUGUGCCACGAGUUCUCUCAACCCCUGGCCCUUUAAUUUGACAGUUACGAGCUACUUCCCAUUUCAAGCAAUCACAGUGGUCCAGGCGCCAAAUCAACCAGCAACUACGGCCGACAAUCAUCCUACACUGCCUUUCCUAGCCUUUCUAACCUAACCUAGUGGAUUGCCCAGUUUCCUUUCUCGCCCAACGCCAUCAUCCACGUUCGGUCCACGUCCGGUCCACGUCGCUCUCUCUCCUUUCGACAAAUUCUAUACAGUCGUCAUCACCCUGCGCCGAGCGCAAUUUCACUCUUUUCGAUUGUAUACAACAACCCGAAGCGACAUAAUUCAUUCGGACCAAGUAACUCCAAGUAACUCCAAGUAACUGAUGAAUUCAUACGCCGACAAUUGCCUCAAUCAAUCCUACGCUUCUCAUCAUUCCGAUCGCACUUUACGCGACGACAAUAGACACGAUUGCAGCCUCCCCUUCAAGGGAGAGCUCGGCUCAUAACCGUUAUACAAACGCAUUUUGGCGUUGACCUUCCCGCCAAUCAUCCCGAAUUCUUGCAAUUGCCGAGCAAGAAUUCUUCAAGAUGGCGUACAGUGGUACUCUGGAGGAGGCGCAUCAGCCGUCACUAUCUCCCGACGCUACGGUACGAAAUCGGUUGCCUACGCUCUUCGAGGUACUAUGUCGUCGCACACAUCCGCCCGUCGAUCUGUUCUCCUUCUAUAUCUACAUGCGAGAUCAGCAACGUUCCGUCGAUUACUUGGAUUUCUGGCUAGAUGUAGCGCAGCAUAUGUCGCUUUGCCGUCACUACGUUCGGGAGCUUAGGCGGUCCGUUCUUGUGGGCACACCUGACCUGGAGACGGAAGAGUCUAAGCGAUCUUCUAGAGUUUUGGAAGCAAUGGGCGAUUUUUCGGGACCUGCGAGAUUUGGUGACGAACAGGGAAGGGAGCGGGAUGCACAUAUCUCCACUUACCUGCGUGAGCAACCUAUGCCUGGUGGCAUCCACGACUCUCCGGCUAGCAGCCAAGAGCGAAGAGCCCGAGCCAGCACCCAGCUCAGCUCUAGCACGCCGCAUCAGAUCACCGAUUCGAAUUCACCUGAGCACAGCGUGGCCCGACGGGAUAUUCGAGCGUCCGCGGAAAAGAUCCUCUACACGUUCCUGCUCCCUGGUGCCGAGCGCGAGAUUACCUUGGACGGUUCCAUUGCGGCAGAGAUUACCCAAGCUAUCGAGGAAGAAAACCGUGACGAUCCCGAAAUUUUCGACGUCGCCAAGGAUUAUGUGUUCCAGGCGAUGGAGCGAGAUGCGUUCCCGGGCUUCCUACGUGCUCGUGCCUUUGGCAAUCUAGUCCCUCCUACUCUUAUCGCGAGAUUGAUUAUUGGUCUUGUUGCUCUGUUCGGAGCUUUCUGGACAGGGUUCAACCUAAUUUUUCUCGACCGUUCCCGUCUGGAUCGAUGCUGGGAAAUCCUACCAUUCACCAUUGGCGUCUACUUCCUCGCAUCCUAUCAGUACUCCCUGGAUCCUAUCAUGGCACUUGCAGGCUUUAGCGAGUUGACGCCGUUGCAGUUCACCCGCAUUAGAGAGCCGUAUGUUCGCAAGCUACUGAUCCAGCGUUCCUUCGUGGUUCUAGCCGUGACGGCGCUAGUUGAUGCAGCACUGUGCGUGCUAUUCAUCUUCGUGCCCGGUCACAGGUUAUAAACCAGCAUAAUGCCAUCGCCUGUUUCAGCAAAAGCAUUCGGUUUCUCUUUUUGCCUUUGGUGCACCGCAUUUUACGACGUCAUGACCCCAUUUUGUUUCCAGGAGUUUCGAGCCUCGGGUUUACGAAGACUUAGGUACUUCUAAGUCUUGAAUAAUACUCUGCCACGGUUAGGGUGGGAGGGGAGUGUGAUACCACCAAGCACAAGCAAGCAAGCUUUCGUUCCAGGUUUCUUUUUUGUUUUUAUCAUUUUCGGAAGAGACGUGCCCAUCAUAAAUGUAUGAGGGAGGAAAAAGGGGGAAGGGCACGGGGCGUGGCGUAUGGAUUCGUCAUAUCUCGAGUCCCUUUAUUUGGUUCGGCGGCACUGCUCGUUUGAGCAUGCUGCUGGGGAAAUAUCUUCUAUUCGUCUUUUGUCCAGUAAUGGAUUUAUUUAAUCAGAGGCUACGGACAAGUCUCGACGCUCUUGUCAAGGGCAUUUUGCCUCGCUAAUCGAUUUGCUGAGCGGUUAUGUACAAUACUCAAAGUAGCUAAGCAGUCAAAGACUGUCGUCAACCUUAUGGUUGGGCAGGUUGCAAUUGAUUCUACAUAUGAUUUCCA